CAUCCACAGACAGACAAAUACUGUGGAGACACGCUAUGAGCAUGGAAAGAAUGAAAUAAUAAUCGGCAAAAACCUUAAGGAUUUUCUCUGACAUAAGUGCAGCUAAUAUUUCUCCUAGCUUUGCAUAAGGAAGCAAAAAUGUCAGUCUAUAGGAGAAUUUUAAAGGGCGGAAAACAGGAAGCAAAUGGGUCACCUGAACUAAGGAAAAAGUAGUGAAACACUCGCCCAGAGCCGCAUUUUCCCCUACAAAGUAACUUCACAUCUGACUUGCUGUGUAGCAGAACGUGUGGCAGAGGAGGCAGGGCAGACUGCUAUGAAAUACUCGGGUUUCUUUGCAGAACAGCAGCCAGGACAGGGACAGCACCCUGCAGGAACCUCGGGCAGAGCUGAGUACCCAACAGCAACAGUUCCAGGGAGCAAUCCCCUUUCCCUGCUGGCUCCUCGGGAGGCUUUCCUUACAAGGCAUUAGAUGAGCACAAAGGUAAGAAGUGCACUGUGUGAAUCCUCCAAGCACUGAAGGACUCAGUAGGCCCAGGACACACCUAUUCAGCAACUGGAUAAACUGCCUGGCCUAAGUAUUCUGACCCAGCUGUGGGACAUUCAAAGGCAACCAGACUGAGUGUAGGCCUGACCAUACUCAGAUGUUCCCCAGAAAGCAAACACUGCAUUACACAGAGGCCUCAGACACCAUUCACGUGUUAGGCCUCACUCUGUGCAUGCACCUACGUAUGAGGGCAGACUCUGCACUUGUGACCAAAUCAAACUGCACAGAACAUGGAUAAAUUAAUAACUGUUCUACCACAGAAGAGAAACACCUAAAAAUUCAGAAUAUUAUUUAGCUGAAAACAAGGCAAGAAACAAAACUAACAUGCUUCUAAGGGUAUUUUUUUGUUCAGAUAAGAACUUCUCUUAGAAACAUUUCCUGGGUCACAAAAUGUGGUGUUUGGGGUUGUGUCUAUUCAGAAAGUCCUUUGUCUCUUAAGAAAUAACCUCUUUGGUAGGUUAAUUAUCGUGGGUUCUUCAUUGUGAGAAAUGUACAAAAUUAAAUUCAUUCUUUUUGCUCCUUUACUCCUAGAGCCUCAACUCCCUCUAUCAUCUAUCUAAAAGAGUUUUGUUUGCUGUUUUGUUUUUAUUACCUGUAGCCAGAACAGAGAGAUUUCUCUGAACAAUUUUUCCUGCACUCUGUAGGCCUCGUUUGCCAUGAUUUCAGAAGUGAUAAGCUGUGUGAAAAUAUGCAAUGUUUAUACUUGUUAGCCGUGUGUUUAUAAUUAUAAGGUUUGAGAACAUAAUACGUUUAUAGUUAGAAAGCCUUGAGAAAAUUGAGAUAAUGAAACACCUGCAGAUCUCGGGACAAGAGGCUUUGCAUACCAAGUAUGAUCUUAGACCACGUGGACAAAGAACCAGGUCCAAUAAACUAAAAGCAUGAGACAUGUACACAGACUGAGCUAUCCAAUCACCUUGUGAGCAUGUACCUGGAACAAGCUAAACUGUAUAAAAGUUAACUGAUUUAAAUAAUAAAUUGGACAUUACUUUGAUCACACUGAUGGUUUGCUUUGUCUCUGUAUCUCCCCAUCAAUAAUUACCCAUGCUGUAUGAAGCAAUCCUUUCCCAGAAACAAUGACCCAAUGUUUUUAUUAUCCCCAGUAUCACUGUUUUCUUUGUGUUACACCCUUCAAGAAGAAGCGGGUUAUUUUCUUCCCCCAGGACACAGUCCAGUUUCCAGUGCUGGGUGCCACAGUCACAAACAGUACCAGUUUUAACAUUGGUUUUAAAGGCAAUUCUUUUAAACACCUUUACCAGCAUCAUCCCACUUAUUUGCUUGUCUCUUCAGCAACCUGCACAAGACACAGAAGAUAGAUAACCACCUCCAGUGCCGGUAAAACCAGAGCCACGCCACAGAGGGGGAGGAGACUCCCUUUUAUUCACCUGUUACUCACCUGCGGUCACGCCGAGAUCUCCCUGUCACUGCUGCAGCAGCUCCCAGGGAGCCGCCGGUCCCGGGGCUGCCCGUGCGGGUCGGCGGAGCCCCCCGAGGGCCCCGGGGCCAUGCGGCUGUGGGAGCGGGCGGUGCCGGGGGCCCGGCGGCGCUGGGCGCUGCUCCUGCCCCCGCUGGCCCUGCUGGCCGCAGCCCUGGCCCUGCGAGAGGCCGCCCGGCCCUGCCCCGCCGACCAGCCCCGCUGCCGGCAGCGCCUGUACCGCGCCCUGGAGCUGCCCCCCGGCCGCGGCAUCAACUGCUCGGGCAUCGUCCGCGGAGACCGCAGGGCCAUCGAGGAGGCGCAGCUCCGCAACCUGGAGGUGGCGAACAGGAGGGCUCCGCUGACGCCCGGCCACUACCUGAACAUGACGAGGGACUGCAGCGCCUUCAGGCAGACCCGGCGCUUCAUCGAGUUCCCGCUGAGCCAGGAGGAGGCGGAGUUCCCCAUCGCCUACUCCAUGGUCAUCCACAACAAAAUCGAGAUGUUCGAGCGGCUCCUGCGCUCCCUCUACGCCCCCCAGAACGUCUACUGCGUGCACGUGGACAGCAAGUCCCCGGCCGCCUUCCAGGAGGCCGUGCGGGCCAUCGCAGGCUGCUUCCCCAACGUCUUCGUGGCCAGCCGCCUGGAAAACGUGGUCUACGCCUCCUGGUCCCGGCUGCAGGCCGACCUCAACUGCAUGCGGGACCUGCUGCGGAGCCCCGUGCCCUGGCGGUACCUGCUCAACACCUGCGGCACCGACUUCCCCAUCAAGACCAACGCCGAGAUCGUGCGCGCCCUGAAGGUGCUGCAGGACCGGAACAGCAUGGAGUCGGAGAAGCCCUCGGCGGCCAAGCGGGCGCGCUGGCAGUUCCACCACGAGGUGGGGAAGGCCAUCUCCCGGACCAACAUAGAGAAGCUGCCGCCGCCCCUCAACUGCCCCAUGUUCACGGGCAACGCGUACAUCGUGGUGACACGGGGCUUCGUGCGGCACCUCUUCGAGAACCCCACGGCACAGAAGUUCCUCGAGUGGUCCAAGGACACCUACAGCCCUGACGAGCACGUGUGGGCCACCCUGACCCGCAUGCCGGGCGUGCCGGGGGCCGUGCCCCACAACGACAAGUUCCAGCUGUCGGACAUGAACGCCCUUCCCCGCCUGGUCAAGUGGGCGUACCUGGAGGGCGAUCCCAGCAAGGGCGCGCCGUACCCGCCCUGCACCGGCCGCCACCAGCGCUCCGUCUGCAUCUACGGGGCGGGCGACGUGCCCUGGAUGCUGCAGCAGCACCAUCUCUUGGCCAACAAGUUCGACCCCGAGGUGGACGAUGCCGCCAUCCUGUGCCUCGAGGAGCACCUGCGCCACAGGGCCCUCUACGGCCGCGGGCUCUGAGGGGACCCGCGGGACCCCCGCCAGCACUGCCGCCCUCCCGGGCCAGCACUGCCGCCCUCCCGGGCCAGCACUGCCACUCUCCUGGGCGAGCCCCGCCGAGGGCACCGCGGGGACACCGGGAGGGGAUCCCUCUGAUCCCCCCCAAUCCCUGCUGGGCACGGACCUCGGGGACAGCGAGAGGGGAUCCCCCUGCUCCCCCCGAGCCCUGCCGGGCGCGCACCUCGGCGGGCCCCGAGGGAAGCGCCGCGGUGACCGCGCAGGGCCGGCCGGGGCUCGGCGGAGGGAAGGGCGGGCGGGCUCGGCUCUGCCCUGCCCUGCUGUGCCCCCGCCCCGCGGCUCCCGCAGCCCCUCCUCGCACAGACCGGCUGCAGGAGCGCGCGGGGCGCUUUUCCUUCCCUUGCCGGGCUCUGUUCGCAGAAGUGACCCCAGAGCUGCUGCUCGUACCCGGGCAGGGCCGGGGCACGGGCCAGGCACCUGCACGUCCUGCCAGGAGCGGAGCUGAAAGGGGGGUUAAUUUGCUUUUCCACGAAGCACCUGCAGCUCCCGCCCGCCCCUGGCACCCGGGCUGCUGCUCGUGCCCCACUUCAAACCUUGACUCUGUCAAUAGCCAUUACAAACACCAGCCUUCAAUAAAAUCAAAUAGAUACUGAAACAGAUGGCGUUUCGGUAUUCUGUGUCCUGUGGUUCCCUGGAACGGUCGUGCUCCCGGGCAGAGCCAUUAAACCAGUUAACCCUUCAGCACCCCACUUCUCCGUGGGAGAGGGAUGCUCAUGUGCUCAAAGUGUGCAAACCUACAUUGUUCCAAUAGCUUCAUCUCUCUUUUCCCCUCCCCCCCAGGGUAUUUUUGUGGUAUUUUGGCAAUAUAAUUAUCAUAUCCAGUAGUAGAUGUGGCCAUUUACAUGACCAAACCAAUCAUCCAACACAGUUUUCUUAAGUUUCUAGAAGCCAAAAGAUUUGUGAACUGUAUUUCACCCACGUGUAUUUUUCUCACCUUCUUAUACUAAAGCUUUCCAUGAAUCCAACAGCUUCUCACUACCUAAGGGAAUAUGCUGAGGGAUUAAUUCCAUUGUCUUUAUACUACCAAAAAACUGGUAAUUUUUCUUUCAGUAAACAUACUCACCUUUAUAAAUUUAAGGUCUACGGUGGAGAAUUAUCGUUAUACAAAGAAUAUCUGAAGCAAUUCCAUAGCACCAGGCUACAUUUAGAUGAAGUUAGGACUUCAAUCACACAGAUCUUCAAAACAUUGAUUUAAAUAGGAGGAGAAGACAAAAUAACUAAACUUGAAAAGGUGUGUCAUUGCAAUUUUGUUAGACAUUUUAAAGUGAACUUGGUUGUAAAGUAGUGAUUUUUAAAAUACCAUGAUGAUUUCACAGCAAACAUUAUUGGCAAGAACUCAAAGUACUGAUAAGGAAAGUUCUCAAAUAUAAACACUUGAGGUAUCAUUGGGCAUUUAUUUAUUCAGAAAGAGCAAAUACAGUAAUAGGAUUGUUGGUCCCAGGGGGGAACUCUUUCCAAUUUGUGUAAGCAGACAUUUGCUACAGAGAUUACAGCUUUAUCCUAACCUGACAGUGACACAGAAAAUUCAAAAAUGGUUUCAGCAGCAAGUUCAACACUACAUCUCUCCAUGUCUAGUACAUUCUUUUAGAACAAACAGAACUUCUUUGCCUACUCAGGGUAAGAACUCAAGUCUCCCAGCAUAGCAGACUGCAUCUAAUCCCUGCUGCCUAAUCCGAUUUUGCUUGUUGGAGCUCUUUCACUUACUUUAAAUUAACACACAUUAGCUCAAAAUGGUAAACUACUGCCAGUGGGUUCCUUGGGGGACUGGGAUAUGUUCAAGUUUCUGGACUAAAUCAGGCAGAGCAGGGUCCCUGUGUUUCUAACUGUAGCAAAGUGUUGCCUUUUCCCCUUGGAAAAUGGAAAAAAGAGGUGCACAUUCAUGGAGACAAAAAAAAUCCCCAUACUUAGAGUUCUAAGGAAUUGCAUCAAAACCAGACCCAUCCAUGAAAUGGAUGUCU